AUGAACCCACCAAGCGUUGAUGAUGAAUUUGAGAAGCUUGUUCUUAGAAUGAACCCACCAAGGAUAACUGUUGAUAAUGCAUCAAACAAGAAAGCAACUUUGAUCAAGGUAGACAGUGCAAAUAAGAGAGGAAGUUUAUUGGAGGUGGUUCAGGUUCUUACUCAUCUGAACCUGAUAAUCAGGAGGGCUUACAUUUCUUCAGAUGGGGAAUGGUUUAUGGAUGUUUUCCAUGUAACUGGUCAACAAGGAAAUAAGGUCUCCGAAGAUAACAUUGUCGAGCACAUUCAACAGUAUAGUCGAGUCACUGGGGCCAAAGGGGCAGAACUUUCGGUCCUUGACAAGAUCUGUGGGCUUGACACCUACGGCAGAGCAUACGACCAUUGA